CGGAUUCACUACAAGACUACAUACGCCUGUGAAGGCAAUCCCCUGCACCUGACCUGCGAAGAGGGCAGUUCCAUACAUCUGGUUCGCGCCAAUUACGGCCGAUUCAGUAUCAGUAUCUGCAACGAUGGUGGACGGCUUGAUCUCAACGUUAUCUGCAUGUCCUACCGUUCCUUUCUCAUCAUGUCUGACAGAUGUAGUCAAAAGUCAAACUGCAGUGUUGUUGUAUCAAGCAAAAUGUUUGGUGACCCCUGUCCAGGAACUCUUAAAUAUUUAGAAGUCCAAUAUCAUUGUGUUCACGGGGGAGACUCAGCCCUCACCACUACUAGGAGACCACCCGUGCAGUUGAAUAUGCCUUUGCCUGCAUCCAGCAAUACAUCGCUUGUGUUGCCUCCAGUGUUGGCCACCACUGCAUCCCCUGAUGAUCUCAUCUCAAUCAUGAACACAGAGUCCGAAAGCAUUGCAAAGACUGAAUCCAAUCUUUUUUCGGGCAUUCAUUUCACGACUCCUUCUUCGACUACUGCCGACAGUCGUCUCAAUAACAUUGCGAUCAUUAGUUCGAGUGAAUCAGAUUCGCCUCAACUCUCCAUCAACUCUCCUGAUUCUAAAGACAUGAUUCCCACUCUACCUCCGAAUACCAGGUUGAAUACACCCAUUAAAGUGGAUCACUCGUCACCACCAUUACCGCCACAACUACCCCCACCACCACCACCUCCUUUUUCCAUACAAAAGGCAUUCCCCAUAACAGAUAUAAAGACAGAUUAUUGUCCGCCAAUAUUCGUGAGGAGUUUGUUCUGGAAUUGGACGCGAAAAGGAGAGAUCGCUGAUCAGAAGUGUCCGGGUGGUGCCACCGGGCUUGUCAAAUGGGAGUGUAGCUAUAAUCCCAUCACUAAAACAACUGAUUGGGUGCCGGAAAGACCAGAUUUCAGUCAAUGCCGGUCCCUAUGGUUAGACAAUCUGGAGGAAAGACUCAAUAAUGAUGAGCCGGUGAUCAGAAUAGCUAAUGAAUUAGCGCUAAUGACUCUCACGAAAGCACUGUUCUGUGAAGACUUACAAAGAAUUGCAUUCAUAGUACAAAAGACAUUGUCUCAUGCGAUGGCAAGUAUGCAGAAUUUGCAGUCGUUUGAAGUCUGGCACAGACAUCAAGUGCUUAAAGAGCUGCUAAUGUUUAUCGUGGAAGCGGUCAGUAAUCUGUUAGACAACGCUCAGGACGACGCAUGGCUUGACCUGAGUGUCGCCGAUCGCAAGCACGUGGCCUCCAAACUGCUGAAGGGUUUGGAAUUGAGUGCACUGUUGUUGGCCGACAACACCAAUCAGGACGGAUCCUUCGCUGUCGCCAAACCCAAUGUCUUGCCUCAAAUCAAGUAUGUAGUCAUUAAUCUGUGUUUUAUACACUUGCAGUGGUCUCAGUUCAUGUGCUCGACACACGAAUGCCUAUUAGCCUGCAAUUCCCUACAGUGGAGGAUACCCGGGGCACUAUUGAAUGGA